AUGCCUACUUGUGCAAAGAAGCGUAUUAAAGCUCUUACUAUAUUUCUGGAAUUAAUUUUGGACAUUGGGAUAGCAUCAGGAUACCGUGUUGCCAUAUCUAUGAUAGUGAAGGUUACAAUCUAUCACAUCUUAAAGCUUUUUCAGUCUCCACCUGGCACCAUUCCACCAGCUGUGCCCAGUGAUUUUAAAAAGCCUCUAGUGUCAGAGUUUUAUGAAGAGCUCAUUUUUCAAGACCCUUCAGCUAUGAUGCGACAGUUGCUCACCAACACCAGACAACUCACUCUGGGCGAGUACAAACAUGACACCGACUUUGAAGAAAAGAAAGAAAAGACACUGAAAAAUGUAUUAAGUGCCAAGGAGAAAAUAGCAAAUGAAAUAAUGGACCUGCGGGAAAAGAUCAAGCUUGCUAAGGACACCAUAACUAAAUUCAAAGAUGAAAUUAAUAAAUCUCAAGGCGAUGUAUCAUUAGACAUUUCUGGAUUGUCAUGAAUAUGUUCAGGUUCUUUAUGAUGAGUUGUGGGUGGAGCACAUGCUAAGGUAACUCACCCUCAUACUGGAGCACAUGCUAAGGUAAC